ACGCACUUCUUUCUCCAGCCCUCACACACUCAUGCUCGCUCUGAGCCCUUGUUUAUAGUGUCCUUUCGAGAAUAACUUAUCUAAUAUUCCUACAGGGAGCAAAUGUAUAACUGAAUCAAGACACACCCCUCCGAAGCUCCAAUGCCCCAGGUUUCGUGGAGAAACAUGUCUAGCCUACUUACAUUCUUUCAGGAAAGUGUGAGCCAUACUUUUAAUCCCGGAUCUUUCGACUGGUUCGAUCGUGCAUACCUCGUAGACUGGAUAAUAGCUUCAAUCGCCUGGAUUAUUGCUUGGCUCAUUAAAGGCUUGCCACCUUUUGAACGCGAUUUCUCCUUAGAUGACCCCUUCAUUAACUAUACACACAAAGAAAACCAAAUAAGCGGCAACCUAACGUGGAUACUCGCUUUGUUUGUUCCCCUUGCAUUUGUCGUUAUUGUUGGUCUCAUCAGAGCAUCUGCCCUCGAGAUCCAUCAUGGCGCCUUAGGCCUGUAUGUUUCAAGAGCAUUCACUGCGCUCACAACAGAAGCUCUCAAGAAUAGAGUUGGUCGCCUUCGUCCCGAUUUCCUCUCCAGAUGUAAAUGGAGUGAAGAAUUGCAUGCAUGCAGGGGAAAGCUUGAUAAGGUGUUAGAUGGCCGACGAUCUUUCCCUUCCGGACACUCUUCAACAGCAUUUUCUGGAAUGAUCUUCCUCUUCCUAUGGUUGGCAGGCGUCACCGGUGCCUGGUGCUUUAGUCGAAGUAUCCCUUCACGGUCACUCCUCGGAAGUCGAAUUGCACGAGUGUGUUUCACUCUCCUGCCCAUAGCUUUCGCUACCUGGGUAGCCAUAUCGAGAGUCGAGGACUACAGGCAUCACAAAGAGGAUGUGAUUGUCGGCAGUCUUAUCGGCAUAGGCACCGCGACGAUGGCUUAUCUCAUCUACUUCCCAAAUCCCUUCUCGUGCUCAACUGCCUCCGACAUGGAAUCCAAUGUCAAUCGACCAAGACUUAUAUACAGAGACAACGAGCAUGGAAGAGUAAGAAAUAACUAUAACUAUGAAUUGGCUGGGAUGGGAAAUGCGACGGAAUCUGUGUGAGACGAGGGGAUCGAAUGAUGGAACUGAAUAUUACAAUAGAACGUGCAGGGAAGUCCAUCCUAUGAUGUUACUUCUGUUGUCGCCGCUUCUCCUCGCACGAAUACCCACUUAUCACCUACUCUCUGCAUCCUACCUGUGGGAGCUCCUCCAGUUGGACUGAGGUGCUCAGCUUGCGAGGUGUCCUCUUCACUAGGGACAGACUGCCCGCGACUGUCGUUUGACCAAGUACCACUCUGCUGUUGUUGCUCCUGCCAUGCAGCCCCUUCAUAACCUGUAUCAUACGAACUCUCCAUUUCCUCCCCUCCGCCCAGCAUCACUGCAUCUGUACCCCUGUCAUCCCCACGUCGAUCGCCCGAAUAUCCCCAUUGCCCCCCUCGGCUAUUGCCGUGACCAAAACUGCCGCGACCUCUUCCUCUUCCUCGAUUUGUUUGUGGACGAUUCCAGUUCUCUUCAUGACCAGACCAAUGAUCGCCUUGUUGUUGCACGCCAUACUGACUAGUUACAGGAAACAUGUUCCCGCCCAUAAUGUACUGCAUGAGUUCCUCCUGUGACGGCAGAUAGCCGUUCGUAACUGCCCACGCUUUUCCCAGC